UGUUGUGUUCUCGCGAGAGUAAGUAACGGUAACUGUUGAAGAAGACAAAACGACGUUGUUACGCAUUCGCAACUGUUUUGACGAAACUUGUUCUGUUUGCUGGGUUGGAUUUGCCGUCCAUAUGUGCUUAUUAUUUAGUUUUACGUAAUCCUUUUUUCACGAGUGUGGUAGGAUAAAACAAAGCUGCCAAGAUGAUGUGGCACGAAGCUCGUAAGCAAGAGCGGAAGAUACGAGGUUUAAUGGUGGAUUACAAGAAAAGAGCUGAAAGGAGACGAGAGUAUUAUGAAAAAAUUAAACAGGACCCUACUCAAUUUUUACGGGUAUAUGGACGUCCAUAUAAGAUACAUUUGGACCCUGCUGUUGCAUUAUCUGCGGAAUCACCUCAAAGCAUGAUGCCAUGGCAAGGUCAGACGGACAACAUGAUUGAUCGUUUUGAUGUUCGAGCUCAUCUUGAUUUCAUCCCUGAAUACAAGUCAGCUCCUCCCCUACCGAUGACUAAAGAGGAAGAGGAAGAAGAAAGGAAAUGUUCUUAUGAAAGAUACAGAACUUUGGUAGAAAAUGAAUGUGCUGGUUUGAAUGAAGAACAAUGUUUGCAUCAGAUAUACUUUGAUGAGCAGUUUGGACCCAUCAGAAGGUUUCCUGAUGACGAGAAAAGAAAGUUGGCUGAUAAAAAAGCUGCCAUUGGUUUCACCUAUGAAGACAGCAAUGCACCGAUUGUUCGAGAGGAGGAAGAGGAUGACAGUAGCGAUACAGAUGUGGAAACAGCUGAUCUGGAUGUCACUCUCGAUGUUGAUGCUCUCACACCCGACCAGCUAAAGAUACUUAACCAAUGUGCACAACACUAUGGUAUGCAUGACGAUGAUUAUGUCAGAUAUUUACGUAAAGACAAAGAAGAACUUGAAGCACUAAGACAAGCCAAAUUGUUAGAAGAAGAAAAAGCCCAGUUUGCUGGUCGCAAAUCCCGACGAGAAAGAAGAGCUUAUAAAGAGAAAAAACUUCAAGGAAGGAAAAUAAGCCCACCAAGCUAUGCAGCUAGAGCCAGUCCAAAAUAUGAACCAUAUAAACGGUCAUCAUCGUCUUCAAAAUCUCGUUCUCGAUCUCCAGAGAAUGCUGGUAAAGUGAUGUACAUAACCAGCUUUGGUGGUGAAAGUGAGGAGGAAGCGGCAGCUGUAGGUUCUACAACUCAGUCUCAUUCCCACAGUCACAGUGAUCGUCUGUCCACUAAAGGAGUCAGUAGUUCAACAACAGGAGGAAGUAGUUCACGGAAUCCACCAUGGAAAAGCUCACGAUUCAACCGAAAGACCUCUUCAAGUUCUAAUCGAUAUCGGCAUCGCAGUAGAUCUCCAGCACACACACAAUCGAAAUAUCGUCGGAGGCGAAGCCGUUCACGUUCUGCGUCCAGAUCUCGGUCACGUUCAAAUCCAAGAAGUCACACUAAUAAUUACAGACGAGACAGGUGGCGGCAUACUCGAUCGCGCAGUCGAUCUAGAUCGCGGUCCAGAGAAUGGAGACGGUCUCAUUCCAAUUACUAUAAUGACCGUGGUUCACGUAACCAGCGCAGUCGGUAUCAAGCAAGGCGACGGUCUCGCUCACGUUCAAGUAAAUCUUCUCGUUCCUCUCGUUCGAGGUCAUCAUCACGGUCUAAAUCACCAAGUUCCCACUCAAAAUCUCGCUCUAAGACACAUUCUCCUCAGCCCAAAGCAAAACCCCGUUCUAAGUCAAAAAGUCCUGUACAACCAGCACAAGUACUUCCAAAACCUGUAAUAAAACGCUACAGACGAGCUAGUCUUUCAUCUAGUGCUGAGGACUCACACUCAGAUUCUGACAGCAAUAAACCUGCAACGGGAUCUACUACGGAGACUACAACCACUACAUCUGCUAGUGCUACUACUACUACUACAACUACACCGACUACAUCAACUGGAUCAGCAGUUUCUACCCCAAAGACCAAAGAUAGCAGAGUUCCUGCACCAAAUCUGUUGGGUAAAGCCACUGUAGAUUCUCAAGCGACUGGCUCAACUUUGACACCAAAAGAAAGAUUACGUCGGAGGAUGCAAGCCGCCUUAAACAGGCAGUACAAAGCAGACAAAAGGGCUGAAAUACAGAAACAAGAACGUGUAGAACAAGAAAGACAGGAUCGAGAAGAUGAGCUGAGGUCGCGUGUUAUGGAAAUGCGCCGCCGUGAGAGAGAAAGACGGCAUCGUGAACUGGAGGAGAUGGAAAGAGAUCGUCACUCACAGAAGUACAGUAGUUCUUCAGAAAGUGAUAACUGGAGCUACUCAAGAUCACCUGAUCACUACUCAAGAAGGUCUCGGUCCUGGUCACCCCGACGCUCCAGAUCUAAGUCUCGUUCUGUAUCCAGAGACAGGGGACUUGUUGACUACUAAGAAGAGGGAGGAAGAAACCUACAAUGUGACAAGCAUCUCUAUCUCUCUCUAUCUCUCUCUCUCUCUCUCUCUCUAUCUAUCUACACACACAGUCCUAAGUUCCUUGUAAACAAUAUCACUUUCACAGUUUGACUAAAGCUAUUCUUUCAAAGUCUUCAACAUGGAGACUAAGAUAUUUUAGUUGUUUUGUGGACAUGUAACCAAGAAGAAUAACAGGACGUCUGAUGGUUGUGGCCAAAAUAACUUAAUACUAAGUGGACCAGAUUGCAAUUGACAAGCAACUUAAAUAUUGCUCUUUUUUUUCCUUUACAUUUUUCAAUGGGAAAAAAUUUAAAUAAAUGAAAUAAACAUAAAAAUAAAAACUA